GUUUGAAGGGGAGGGCAGGCAGAGUUCAGCAGCCCCCGGGCUUCGCUUCUCCCACUGCCUAUCCCUCUCCUCUCUUCAUCCCUAGCUCCUCUCUUUACUCCUGAUUUUCUCCCGAAAACUCUUCUCUUUUGCCAAAGGAAGGAGAUAAGGGGAACCCCCUUCCCUUCCCCCUCUCCAAAAAAGGGGGAAAAAAUCCCCAAACUUUUCCAGUCGGGAGAGGACGAGUGCGGCCCGGCUCGCCAUGGAGCUGCUGUGCUGUGAGGUGGACCCGGUCCGCAGGGCCGUGCAGGACCCCAACCUGCUCUACGACGACCGCAUUUUGCAGAACUUGCUCAGCAUCGAGGAGCGCUACCUUCCACAGUGCUCCUACUUCAAGUGUGUGCAGAAGGACAUCCAGCCCUACAUGCGGAGGAUGGUGGCCACCUGGAUGCUCGAGGUCUGUGAGGAACAGAAGUGUGAAGAAGAGGUCUUCCCUCUGGCCAUGAAUUACCUGGAUCGCUUCUUGGCUGGGGUCCCAACCCCGAAGUCCCAUCUGCAGCUCCUUGGGGCUGUCUGCAUGUUUCUGGCCUCCAAGCUCAAAGAGACCAUCCCUCUGACUGCGGAGAAACUCUGCAUUUACACCGACAACUCUGUCAGUCCCCAGGAGCUGCUGGAGUGGGAGCUGGUGGUGUUGGGCAAAUUGAAGUGGAACCUGGCAGCUGUCACCCCCCACGACUUCAUCGAGCACAUCCUCCGCAAGCUGCCCCAGCCCAGCGAGAAGCUGCCGCUGAUCCGCAAGCACGCACAGACCUUCAUCGCUCUGUGCGCCACUGACUUUAAGUUUGCCAUGUACCCGCCGUCGAUGAUAGCAACUGGAAGUGUGGGUGCGGCCAUCUGUGGGCUCCAGCAGGAUGACGACGUGAGCUCACUCACUUUCGAUGCCCUGACAGAUCUGCUGGCCAAGAUCACAAACACCGAUGUGGAUUGUCUCAAAGCCUGCCAGGAGCAGAUUGAGGCAGUGCUUCUCAACAGCCUGCAGCAAUUCCGUCAAGACCAGCGAGACAGCGGCAAGGUGGAAGAUGAACUGGAUCAAGCCGCCACUCCUACAGACGUGCGGGAUAUUGACCUGUGAGGAUGCCAGACGGCCCUGGGGGAGAGACGCGGUCAUAAUCUUCUCUCUCCUUCCCUCUGGUUGUAUUUUGUUCUUUGUGUUUUAGGAUGAAACUUAAAAAAAAAAAUUCUCCCCCCAUUUAGAUGGUAUUUAAACAUCUUUUAGAAGUGAGAGAAAAGGGUUCUAUAAUAACAGGAUAAUAAAAAGCAUUUGGUGCCUAUUUCAAGUACAACAGAAGGGAAUCCCUUAUAUAUGCGAGCAAUUACUAUUUGAUUGUGUAAAUGUAAUAGUAAAAUGCUUUCAGGAAAGCCUGCAGAGUAGCUAGAGAAAUUGUACGCCUGCAAUAUGGGAACAAAUAGAAGAGACCUUUUUUUUUCAUGUUAUGAACUAGUGCAUUAUACACCCCUUUUAGUAUAAUUUCAAGGAACUGUGUAUGCCAUUUAUGGCUUGAUUGGAUUGCAAAGCAAUGAACUCAAGAAGGAAUUAGACAAAGAGGGACAUGAUGGGGAGGGAGCGUAAAACAAUUGCUCAACAUGAUUGAACCAUUUUGGAUGUAGAAGUGCCUUUGUUCCUAGCCACCUGUUGUAAGUCCAAAGUGUUGGAUCUCUGUGUACUCUUGCUGUCAACAGUAGCUGCUACCUAAAAAAAAAUGCUUUAUUUUGCCAGUUGAACAUAGGUGGUUGGCUGGUUUCCAAAUUUUAAGAUUUCUUGACAUCCUGCUUCUUCUUCCAAAUAUGGUUCAUUGCAGACACCACCAUAUUUUUAUCUGAUGGGGGAACCUAGCUUUGGGCCAUAAUAAAAAAUUCAUAAGAAAGGAGGCAGCCAAGGGUGGGAUCUAGAAUGCAAUCUUUUUAUUAUUUUUGUUUUUAUGAGGAUCGUGUGACCUUGGCAUCCCUUACUAGGAAAAUCUAAUUUUUGGUGCUGAUUGACAUGUCUGGACAACAGUUUUAGCAUUGUUAUAAACCAUUCCAUUCGAAAAGCACUUUGAAAAAUUGUUCCCACGGGAUAAAUGGGAUGGUUUAUGCA